AUGGGGGGACGGAAAAAGCACUCCCUGGGGACCUUCGAAAGCACGAGUCAAGAAAAAAUUAUGGAAGGAGACCCCAUAGGAUGGGAAUAUUCCCAGUGCUGCUUGCUCCUGCAGGGGGUUCAAAUCGUGGGAGCCUACGGUGUGUUGCGCCUUUGCCUGGAGGAGCCGCAACAUGAGCUGCUGCAGGGCAAUCCUGCACUAAUCCGUUCCCUGUUGCGGAUAUUGCAGGAGCAACAGCAACAGCUGACCGCCAGCAGCAAUAGCACCAGAAGAAGAGUCAGGAGUAGCCUCAAAAAGAGAUGCACCACCACUAACAUCUACCUUUGUCUUCUAGUGUCUCUGCCGCUCUUCCUGUUUUCUGAAAGCCGGCAAGGAAGGGCUGUGCUCAAUAGCUGCAGGGUAGGAGACGCCCUUGUACAAUUCCUUAAAGAAGUAGGCGCAGCUACGGCUGCUGCUGCAAAAUGUGGAGGGGCGUCUUUCGCACCAGGGACUGGCAGCUGUGCUGUUGCAGCUGCUCCAGCCGCCCCUGCGGCGGCUGCAAGACACAGCGGUAGAGGUCUUGCAGCAACUAGUGCAGCCAGGCAGUGGAGCUGUACUGCUGCGAGAGUCCUCUACAGAGCAACGGCACAUGGCUCCUGUGUCUCUGCGUUUACCUUAGGGGUUGCUUGCAACAGACCUAACUGGGCUAGUCGCGUAGUUGCUGCUGCUGGCUCUUCGGCGGCUACUGCUGAGGCACUGCCGGAGCUGUGUGGGCUUCUCGCUAAUUGCGCAGCAGUGCUACAAAUGCACCAGCUGCUGCAGGACGGCCUUUUGCAGAUGCUACUUCGGUGGGGUAUCACAGCUAUCCAGACUAUUAAUGCCCGAAGCGAGCACGUCUCUCUGCAUGUGAGGGGAGAAUCUAGACACUGGUGCAUCUAG